AUGGUGCUCGAUUCACAAACUUUCAUCGAUCACGAAUGCAUGGAGGUCUUCAAGGAUUUUUCCAACCCACCCACUCGUCGCAGGCUGCACCACCCACCCACUCGACCUCAUCAAAGUCCGAAUGCAACUUCAACAAACCCACACUCUCCGCCCAGCCUUUUUCACCUUUCACGCUCCCAGCCCAAUGCCGCCGCCUCCGUCCUCCGGCCCCGUCUCCGUCGGCCUCCGCAUCGUCCAGUCGGAGAGCCUCGCCGCAACUACAACGGCGUGUUCGACGCGAUACGGCGCAUGAGUAACCAAGAGGUCGUUGGUAGCCUGUGGCGCGGUUCAGUGCUUACGGUGAACCGCGCGAUGAUCGUUACGGCUUCUCAGUUAGCCUCGUACGACCAGUUUAAGGAAACUAUUCUGGGACGCGGUUUGAUGGAGGACGGGCUGGGGACCCACGUGGCAGCGAGUUUUGCGGCGGGUUUUGUGGCGUCCGUUGCGUCGAACCCCAUUGAUGUUAUAAAGACUAGGGUGAUGAACAUGAAUGCUGAGGCUUACAAUGGAGCCUUGGAUUGUGCUCUCAAGACUGUUAGGGCUGAAGGACCUCUUGCCCUUUAUAAAGGUUUCAUCCCUACAAUUUCAAGACAGGGUCCUUUCACCGUCGUCCUCUUUGUCACCCUUGAACAAGUCAGGAAGCUGCUUAAGGAUUUUUGAAUUUUUUAUUCAUUUGGACACCUUCACUAUUCAUUCAUUGGUUGAGAUACAUACUCAGAUGAUGGCGAAACAUUCUUUUAUUUAGGGAUUAGUUAUUGAGGUUUUGGAACUUUGGAGGACUAUACCUUCUUGAGAUUCAUAUUCAAAUUUCAUCAAAUAUAGUAGUAUUUACCAACAAUGUAAACAUUAAUCUGGAAUAGAAAUUCAGUCUUGAUUCUUCAAGUUCAA